AUGUCAGAUUCUCAACACUUUGUUACAUUCGGGCCCAGUGCCAAUUGCACCCUUGAGUUAUGUCCAGUUGAACACAGUGUAUAUGGCUAUCGGCCAUCUUUCGCAGCAAAUGUUGCUUUCAUAGCCCUUUUCAACUUCGCCAUGAUAGUUCACAUCUACCUGGGAAUCAGAUGGAAAGCUUGGUGGUAUAUGUGGUGCAUGAUACUAGGGUGUGCCCAUGAGACUACCGGUUACAUUGGACGCGUUCUGAUGUACUACAACCCGUGGAGCUUUGUUGCAUUCAUCAUCCAAAUCAUCUGUAUCACGCAAGCCCCAGUGUUCUUUUGCGCUGCUAUCUAUGUGACACUCGCUCAAACAAUCAACCACUUCUCACCAAAGCUGGCUCGCUUCCCUCCGAAGUUCCUCUACUGGAUCUUCAUUCCGUUCGACAUUAUAUCACUCGGCCUCCAGGGUGCCGGGGGUGCUUUGUCGGCUAGCUCCUCGGGCUCUAGUCAAACUGGCGUUAAUAUUGCGAUGGCCGGGCUAAUUCUCCAGGUUAUUAUGCUUUUUGGAUUCUCGGGGCUUCUCGGCGACUACGUGAUCCGAUACCUGCGGUCAGAGAAUGCUCCACAAAUCGGCAGACGUGCAAAGCUUUUCUUCGGUUUUCUAUCCCUUGCUGUGCUUACCAUUCUCAUCCGUUGCAUCUUCCGGGCUGAUGAGCUGAAGGAGGGUUACAGUGGGGAUCUAAUCUCGAAUGAGGGUUUGUUUAUUGGCUUGGACGGAGUGCUCGUUGUUAUCGCUGUGUUUUGCCUAUGCAUUGGCCACCCGGGGUUUAUAUUCAAGGGCAAGAGACUUCCCAAGUAUUCCAGUGUUAAUGCUGCCGAGAUGCAUCAGGAACUUAUCUAUGCACCACACGAGGGACAGAAGCUUGUUGUUUAA